AGAUGGAAGGAAGGGGCUGGAGUGAAGCAUGGACUAGUUGGGCCGAAUAGCUUUUGGCCGUGCAGUCUAUUCUAUAUAUUUAAAACAAAAGGCAAGUUGGAUUGUCAACGGCGCAGUGCAAACAAAUGGCAAAGCAUAUUGCACAAGCUAAUGGCGAUUGCAUAACCCUCUCAACACUCCUCGGACAAUCCUAGUGUGGGUGCGAUCCACUGGAAGCCUGAUUGACUGGAAGAAAAAUAAUUAAAUGUGAUAACUAAUUAAGUAACUCUGUAACAAGGCUUUGCGCAGGGAACAUACCGUCAGGCGCUGGAACGGUGAGGCAGUGACUCACUGAGAAGUUUUUUUUGGGGUAAACUCUGUGACCGUUGGGAGUUUGAUCGGUGACGCUCGAGACACAUGACUGGAACUUUCUCUCUCCUCCUGCGGAAAAUGGCGGCCUGGAGUUUCCAGGAGAAAUGAGGAAAAGGUGGGAGAAAAAACACACACACAAGUUCAAGGAAGUUUAAACGCAACCAUGACGCGCUGGAUUCCCAGCAAAAAAGAGAAAUAUGGAGUGGCAAUAUACAAUUAUGACUCCAGAGACGAAGUGGAACUUCCUCUGCAGAUUGGUGAUACAGUGCAUAUAUUGGAAACAUGUGAAGGUUGGUACAGAGGGUAUACACAUCGUCGCAAAGCCAGAAAGGGUAUUUUUCCUGCUUCGUAUAUUCAGCUGAAGGAAGCAACGGUUGAAGGCAAAGGGCAACAUGAAACUGUUAUACCAAAUGAGCUUCCAUUGGUUCAGGAAGUCACUACAACUCUUCGAGAAUGGUCAAGUAUAUGGCGUCAGUUGUAUGUUAAUGACAACAAAGAGAUGUUCAGCCGAAUUAGACAUAUGAUGUAUGAUCUUAUUGAAUGGCGCUCCCAGAUACUUUCAGGAACACUCCCACAAGAUGAGCUGAAGGAACUGAAGCAGAAAGUCACUGCCAAAAUAGAUUACGGCAACAGAAUCCUUGAUCUUGAUUUAGUGGUGCGAGAUGAAGAUGGCAAUAUUUUAGAUCCUGACCAAACUAGCACCAUUAGUCUGUUUAGAGCUCACGAAAUGGCAUUGAAACGGAUAGAAGAAAGAAUCGAGGAAGAAAAGUCUCAGAAGCAUAACAUUGACAUAAACAGACAAGCAAAGUUUGCUGUCACGCCUUCUUUCAGUCUCUUUGUAACUUUGAAGAAUGUUGUCUGCAAAAUAGGAGAAGAUGCUGAAGUCUUAAUGUCUUUGUAUGAUCCUAUUAUGUCCAAGUUUAUCAGUGAAAACUAUCUAGUGCGAUGGGCGAGUUCGGGCCUUCCAAAAGACAUAGACCGGCUAAACAAUUUAAAAGCUGUAUUUACAGAUCUUGGCAGCAAAGAUCUAAAGAGAGAAAAAAUUAGCUUUGUGUGCCAAAUUGUCAGAGUGGGUCGCAUGGAGCUGAAAGACAACAAUACCAAGAAAUUUACUACAGGGUUGAGAAGACCUUUUGGAGUGGCAGUUAUGGAUGUCACUGACAUUAUUACUGGGAAAGUGGAUGAUGAGGACAAACAACAUUUUAUUCCGUUCCAGCCGGUGGCAGGGGAGAAUGACUUCCUUCAGACUGUGAUAAAUAAAGUAAUUGCUGCCAAGGAAGUAAACCACAAGGGUCAAGGCUUGUGGGUUACAAUGAAGCUACUGUUAGGUGAUGUUCAUCAGAUUCGAAAAGAUUUUCCACAUCUAGUUGAUAGAACUACUGCAGUUGCAAGAAAAAUGGGUUUUCCUGAAAUAAUAAUGCCUGGUGAUGUUCGUAAUGACAUAUAUGUUACACUACAGCUAGGGGAGUUUGACAAAGGCAACAAAACAACUUCCAAGAAUGUAGAGGUCACAAUGAUGGUGUAUGAUGAAGAAGGCAAGCGUUUGGAGAAUGUAAUUUUUCCUGGUGCGGGAGAUGAUGGUAUCUCUGAAUAUAAGUCUGUUAUUUACUAUCAAGUGAAGCAGCCUCGUUGGUUUGAGACGGUAAAGGUGGCAAUCCCUAUUGAAGAUGUAAAUAGAAGCCACUUGAGGUUCACAUUCCGACAUCGAUCAUCUCAAGAUUCGAAAGACAAAUCUGAGAAAAUAUUUGCAUUGGCAUUUGUGAAGCUAAUGAGGUAUGAUGGAACUACACUAAGAGAUGGUGAACAUGACCUAAUUGUAUAUAAGUCAGAUGCCAAAAAGCUGGAAGAUGCAGCACCAUAUUUAAAUCUGCCUGCGACUAAAGCAACACUUGAAGAGAAGGGCUACACAAUGACUGGGAAAAAUAUGCACAGUUUUGGAAACUUGGCCAUCAGCAAAGACUCAUUUCAAAUUUCCACUUUGGUCUGCUCAACAAAACUUACACAGAAUGUGGAUCUCCUGGGACUUUUGAAAUGGCGAUCAAACACAAAUUUACUACAGCAGAACUUGAGACAACUGAUGAAGGUGGAUGGAGAAGAGGUUGUUAAGUUUUUGCAAGAUACACUUGAUGCACUUUUUAACAUCAUGAUGGAGAAUUCCGACAGUGACACUUUUGACACCUUAGUGUUUGACUCUUUGGUAUUUAUUAUUGGACUAAUUGCUGAUAGAAAAUUUCAACAUUUCAACCCUGUUCUUGAAACCUAUAUCAAAAAGCACUUUAGCGCAACCUUGGCUUAUACGAAACUUACCACAGUGCUGAAAAAUUAUGUGGACAAUUCAGAAAAACCUAAUGUGACAGAUCAGCUUUAUAAAGCGAUGAAAUCCUUAGAAUAUGUCUUCAAAUUCAUUGUUCGUUCCCGAAUACUCUUUAAUCAGUUGUAUGAGGAUAACGGAGAAAGUAACUUUAUGGAUUCCUUGAGGCAGCUCUUCAGGUCAAUCAAUGACAUGAUGAACAGUACUUCAGAUCAGACAGUAAUAGUUAAGGGAGCAGCUUUGAAAUACCUGCCAACAAUUGUCAAUGAUGUGAAAUUGGUAUUUGAUCCCAAGGAACUUAGUAAACUAUUUACAGAUUUUAUCCACAAAGUUCCAUCAGGCAGACUUGUGCUUCAGAAGCUGUACUGUUUGAUAGAAAUAGUGCACAGUGACCUCUUCACACAGCAUGACUGCAGAGACAUCCUUCUACCAAUGAUGACUGAACAACUGAAGUAUCAUUUGGAGAAACAAGAGGAAUUGAAAGCAUGCUGCCAUCUACUUAGCAACAUUUUGGAAGUACUCUACAGAAAAGAUGUGGGACCAACUCAGCGACAUGUCCAGCUCAUUAUGGAGAAGCUAUUGAGAACUGUAAACAGGACAGUCAUCUCCAUGGGACGUGAUUCUGAUCUAAUUGGUAACUUUGUUGCUUGCAUGACAGCCAUUCUGAGGCAGAUGGAAGAUUAUCAUUAUGCCCAUUUAAUCAAGGUCUUUGGGAAAAUGAGAUCAGAUGUUGUGGAUUUUCUGAUGGAGACAUUCAUUAUGUUCAAAGAUCUCAUCGGAAAGAACGUCUAUCUUGCUGACUGGGUUAUAAUGAACAUGAUGCAAAAUAAAGUCUUCCUCCGAGCAAUAAAUCAGUAUGCUGAUAUUCUGAACAAGAAAUUUCUUGAUCAAACGAACUUCGAGCUACAGUUAUGGAACAACUACUUUCACUUGGCUGUUGCUUUUCUCACUCAAGAAUCACUUCAGUUGGAGAAUUUCUCUGGUGCAAAACGAGCCAAGAUUAUCAGCAAAUAUGGUGACAUGAGGAGACAAAUUGGAUUUGAGAUCAGGGACAUGUGGUAUAACCUUGGCCAGCACAAAAUCAAAUUUAUCCCAGAAAUGGUGGGUCCGAUCUUGGAGAUGACUCUUAUUCCAGAAACUGAACUGCGCAAAGCUACAAUUGCAAUAUUCUUUGAUAUGAUGCAAUGUGAAUUUCAUUCAACAAGAAGUUUCCAGAGGUUUGAAAAUGAAAUCAUAACCAAGCUCGAUCAUGAAGUGGAAGGAGGUAGAGGGGAUGAGCAGUACAAAGUGCUAUUCGAAAAGAUCCUUCUGGAACACUGUAGAAAACACAAGUAUCUGGCUAAGACUGGUGAAAACUUUGUCAUGCUGGUUGUCAGGCUUAUGGAGAGGCUUUUGGACUACAGAACAAUCAUGCAUGAUGAAAAUAAAGAAAACCGUAUGAGUUGUACAGUUAAUGUACUGAACUUCUACAAAGAAAUUGAGAGAGAAGAAAUGUACAUCCGGUAUUUAUAUAAGCUGUGUGACCUGCACAAAGAAUGUGAUAACUACACUGAAGCUGCUUACACAUUGCUGCUUAAUGCAAAGCUUCUUAAGUGGUCUGACCAACCAUGUGCAGCUCACCUAAAUCAGAGAGAUGGAUAUCAAGCACAGACCCAAGGCCAACUGAAAGAACAGCUUUACCAGGAAAUCAUCCAUUACUUUGACAAAGGAAAGAUGUGGGAGGAGGCCAUUUCUAUCGGCAAAGAACUUGCAGAACAAUAUGAAAAUGAACUGUUUGAUUACGAGCAACUGAGUGAAUUGCUGCAAAAACAAGCUCAGUUUUAUGAGAACAUUGUUAAAGUGAUUCGAGCAAAACCAGAUUACUUUGCUGUUGGAUACUAUGGUCAAGGCUUUCCUUCAUUUAUCCGGAACAAGAUGUUCAUUUAUCGAGGAAAGGAAUAUGAGCGACGUGAAGACUUUGAAGCAAGACUGUUCAGCAUAUUUCCGAAUGCAGAAAAAAUGAAGACAACAUCUCCUCCAAGUGAUGACAUUAAAAACUCUUCUGGACAGUAUAUUCAGUGUUUCACAGUGCAAACCAUACGUGAACUGCCACCAAAAUUCAAGAACAAGACUGUGUCUGAACAAAUAUUGAGUUUUUAUACAGUGAAUGAAGUACAGAAGUUCCAGUAUUCAAGACCAAUCAGGAAAGGAGAGAAAGACCCUGACAAUGAAUUUGCUAAUAUGUGGAUUGAAAGGACCACGUACGUGACAGCAUACAAAUUGCCUGGCAUCCUAAGAUGGUUUGAAGUGAAAUCUGUCUCAAUGGUCGAGAUAAGCCCUUUGGAGAACGCAAUUGAGACAAUGCAGUUAACAAAUGAGAAGAUCAGCAACAUGGUUCAACAACACAUGAAUGAUCCAAGUCUGCCCAUUAACCCUUUGUCCAUGCUGCUGAACGGAAUUGUCGACCCUGCAGUGAUGGGGGGUUUCGCCAAUUAUGAAAAGGCAUUCUUUACAGAAAAAUACAUGCAAGAACACACUGAAGACCUUGAGAAGAUCGAAAAUCUGAAGGACCUCAUAGCCUGGCAGAUCCCGUUCUUGAACGAAGGCGUACGAAUUCAUGGUGAGAAAGUAACUGAAGCAUUGAGACCCUUCCAUGAGAGAUUGGAAACCUGCUUCAAAGAAUUAAAAGAAAAAGUGGAGAAACAAUAUGGAGUCAAAUCAUGUCCUAUAAAUCCAGAUGAGCGCAGAGGAAGCCGGCCUCGCUCAAUGGUACGAUCCUUCACAAUGCCGUCAACUCCAAGACCUUUGUCAGUUGCAUCAGUGUCCUCUAUGUCAUCUGACAGUACCCCGUCUAGGCCUGGUUCUGAUGGAUUUAUUCUUGAACCACUUCUUCCAAAGAAAAUGCAUUCAAGAUCUCAGGAUAAAUUGGACAAAGAUGAAACAGACAAAGAUAAGAGAGAACGAAAAAAGGAAAAAAGGAAUAGCAAGCAUCAAGAAAUGUUUGACAAAGAAUUUAAAACUACUGAUAUUUCUGGCCAGUCUACAGAGGCAGUGAUUCUUUCUGAAACGAUCAGUCCGUUAAGACCGCAAAGACCAAAGAGCCAGGUGCUUAAUAUGUCAGCUGAUAAACGGUUGACUGCACCACCAAUAACAACGCCAGUAACUCCCAAACCCAAAUUAUCCUUCUCCUUACAACCUGGCCUGAAUGUGGAUCUUAAUGGCUCAGAUAAUCCUGAGCAGACUGGACUACCACCUCCUCUUCCUCUCAAAAGCAAUUCUGGUGAUUAUGGAACUCUGACUGAUAGUCAAGAAUCUGCCAUUUCCAUUGCACCUCUACAACCAAGGCUCCCACCACCUCUACCGAGCAAGACUCCUCCUCCUCCUCCUCCUCCAAAAACAACUCGAAAACAAACCUCCGUAGAUUCUGGGAUUGGGCAGUGAUGUAUUUCACUGAACUCUUUACCAAUUCUAACGACACAAUUCCAUUUCAGAAGACAAAAUAUGCAGUCUGCAAAUUUUUUUUAGUUUUCAAACUGAGGGAAUGGAACAAAAUGAUGCACCUCAUUUAGAUCAAUACAGUUUAUUGCAGUGAUUCCAAUUAGAACAAUGAGACAAAAAGUAUGUACUUUAACCAACAGAUUCUGCUGCUGAGCUUUAAAUAUUAAUAAAUACAUACAAUGUGCAAAAAAUGCUAAACAGCUGAAAUGUAUUUGAAAUUCCUUUUGUCCUAUAAGAGAUUGAAAAUGUUGCUGAGUGGCUUAAAAUUUCUGGCAUUUGGUUUGGAAACUAAUUUAUUGGGCAGGAUUUUGCAGACAGUGGCAAAUGUGAUUUAUCCAUCACUGACUUUGAAGACACAGUGGUGCGAAUUUCAUCUUUCCUAGCAUUAGUUUCAAACUGAUGCCAAGUUAUGAAAAUCUCUCAAGAUCCAGCAGCAGAAGUAACAUUGAGUAGAGUGAGCAACCUGUUACAUUGAAGUAUGCUCAUUGCACCAAACCAGAAAGUAGAAUGCACUUAAAUUUUAAACAAUGAUUGGUCAUAAGUAUUUGAAGCUGGAAUAUCAUAAACAUUUAAAGAAAACUAAAAUCAAGGAAUUUUUUGCAAUGGAAAGAAAUUGACAUUACACAAAUAUCAAAUCAGUUUUCUGGCAUGAAAGAGAUACACUAUUGAAAAUUAAAUUGCAGCUGAUUAAAAAGGCAUCACGUUUCGGGAAUGGGAGAUUUUCAACAGAAACAUUACAGUGUAAAACAUAAAGUUCUAAUCAGUUCAGUGAUUUCUAAUUGAUUACAACAGGCACCCUUUGGAGAAGCAUGGAGUCACGUAAACAAUUUCCCUAUUUCCUUGUUUACUGUGCAUAUGUUUCAUAAGUGUGAUGUCUGAAAAUAUUGACAAUUUCACCAUCAUUACCACUGCAACAUCCAGACCAAUGAUUCUUGCUAUAAAAGUACAUGCAUAUAUUACUUCUUUUGGUUUCAGUUUAAAUAGCAAAUCACCAUUCCAUUCUCAGAUAUAAAACUUCGCUUAAUUUUCAAAUAAGACGGGUAAAGUAAUAGUCUUUGAAACCAAUUACUGCUUUGUCCAUGGAGUGUAAUCAUUAUGUACAGAGGUUUGUAUAUAUAUAUAUGAAGCUGAAAAUUUUAAAUCUUCUUUUAUGGUGUCAACAUUUAUUACAAUUGCUUAGUAUAAUUCUGCAAAUGGAUUUAUUCCUAGUAAGAGCUUUUUAGAAUUUUAAAGCUUGUUGACUGUAAACUAUUGGUCAUAUUUUGCUAAAAGGUCAUGUUUUAGUUUUAUUUAAUAGGGUAAAAAUGGGAAAUGGAAUAUGCCAACUAUCUCUUCCUACAAUACUUUUAUUAUGAGCUUAUGAUUUCUAAAAUUAAUUUUUAACAUUUUCUGUAAUCAUGAUAUGAGUGAAACUAGAUUAAUCAGAAUUCACUACUG